AGGCUGCGGCGCCCAGGCGCACCUGCGCCGCGCUGUCCCAGGUAGCCCUCUCUGUCGCUCUCACCUGUCGGAGCCGCGGGGAGGACGGGGCGAGAGCCUGAAGCAGGGCUGCGAGAUGGACACAGUGGUCUUUGAGGAUGUGGCUGUGAACUUCACCCCGGAGGAGUGGGCUUUGCUCAGUGCUGCUCAGAGGAAGCUCUACAGAGAAGUGAUGCUGGAGACCUUCAGCAACCUGGUCUCAGUGGAUGAUGAGACUCAACUUAAAACCAGUGGGUGCAUUUCUCAGCAGGAUAUUUUUGGAGAAAAAUUAUCCAAUGAACAGAAAAUAGCAAGGUUCACAAAAAAUGAUGCUUGGGCCUUCCUUUUAGAAGAAAAUUGGGAUGCAAAUACACGCAACAGGGGGAGACAUUUGAGGUGAGUUGCACUUAGGAGAAAAAGCAGUAUCCUAGUAGAGAAUCUUAGUAUUUCAUGAAAUUA